AUUUCCUUUAAAAGUGAAAAUUUUAAUAUGUUUUUGGUGAUUUAAAUGAGUAGAAAAUAGUGUUCAAAUGUCGCAAGUGCAGUGGUGAAAAUAAUCAUUUAACCAUUCGAAAAGGACACCGGAUACCAAAUCCGGAUAAGCCCUACGGGAAAACGAACGCCAAGAGAGCAAAGGCAAUUGCUUCCCUUCCGAUUACGAUUGUGAAGUCCCUACUUUUUUGUAGAUCGCUCCCUUCAACCAAGCACUGCUCUGAUACGUGCUUAAUCAAGGAUUCAAUCCAAUUGGAGUCUCUUUUAUUUCCCCCCUCUUUUCUUCUUGCCAGCCGGCCCCGCCAAAGAAGUGUCAAUUAAAUCGAGCAAAGCCUGUGCCACUGGUGUCCGUUUUAUAGCCCCCGGUUUAAUCGCCCGGAAAACGCACUUUUCAGCUGGAAUCCCUGUUUUCCGGGGCGCAAAAUUGAAUGAAAAACCUACAGCAGAAGUAGCAGCGAAAUGAAUGUGCGAGAUACGAGUCCGUAACAUACCAUCCAAGUGUUUCUGUGCGUGUGUGUGUGUGUGAGCGUGAUGAUGAUGAGUUUGUCUAAUCUGUUGCCAGUGGCGGGAAAAGAUUAAUAUUUCCCCUUCUGGCUGCCCCUUAAAACCGUACAAGCGGAUCGGUUGCAAUACGGUGCCAACGUGUGUGUCUGUGUGCGAGCAUGUGAUUUUGGUGUAUUCGGUUGGUUGGUUGGUUGGUUGGUGCUGGUGCCAGCAAAUGGACACGCGUGUGGAGUAAAAAGCGAUCGAAAAACAUCAGUUAAUGACAGGCGGUUGGCAAGCUUAAAGUCGCCAAGACAAGGCCCCCCCACCGCCCCACUCGGUUGGCGGAUAAACGCAGUAUCCAGCGGUCCAGUGCGAGAGUUGCUGCUGUAGCUAAAAACAAGUGCACUCGCUUGGCGUAGAUAUUGGCCAACAUUCAAAUCUUCACCCGUCGCACGACCCAAUCACCCAGAAUGUCCUUCCUGCGCUAUUAUCGAAGUCUGAACGAAAGCUUUACCGGCGAGGAACCGACACUGCUGGACGGGAUGGAUGGUGUGAAUCGGAUACAGAAGUCAAUUCGCUUGCUUUCCGGUGAUGCAAUGGCGGGCAGCUCACCGUGGACCAGUCCUGCGCCGGGCGAGGGAACGCCCCACAUAAAGGACAUCCUGCAGAACGAGGUGAUCGUGGACGAUUAUGUGCCGUACGAGCAGCGACCGGAAACGUACAUUGUGCCCGUCGUGUUUGCGAUCAUCUUUAUCGUGGGCAUCGUGGGCAAUGGGACGCUGGUGGUAAUCUUUCUGCGGCACCGGGCGAUGCGCAACAUUCCCAACACAUACAUCUUCUCGCUUGCGUUAGCCGAUCUGCUGGUGAUACUGAUCUGCGUACCGCUCGCCUCCAUCAUCUACACGCUCGAGUCCUGGCCGUGGGGUGAUGCCCUCUGCCGGGUGUCGGAGUUUGCGGAGGAAAUCUCGAUCGGUGUGUCCGUGUUUACGCUCACCGCGCUGUCUGCCGACCGGUACUGUGCCAUCGUAAAUCCGCUUCGAAAGCUGCAGUUUGCUUCACCCUGGUUCUUACAGACGCGCCCGCUGACGGUGAUCGUGGCCUUUCUCAUCUGGGUGCUGGCCAUCAUCUGUGCGAUACCGUCGGUCGUCAUGUCCGAGGUGGUGGUUGUGCAUCUGUCGAACAAAACCAUCGAAUACUGCUCACCGUUCGGUCCGAGAAAGAAGGAUUCCAACUAUUCCAAGUACAAAACGGUGCUCAACUCAAUCGUUUACUACUUCCUGCCGCUGUCCAUCAUCGGAAUCCUGUACGUACUGAUGGCGCAGCGGCUACACACGAGCGCCCGGGAGAUGCCGGGCGAGAAUGCGGGCCCCCAGAGCCGUUCGCAGGCCCGUGCCCGUCGCCACGUGGCCCGCAUGGUCAUUACGUUCGUGAUAGUGUUCAUCGUGUGCUUUCUGCCGCAUCACGUGGUCGAGCUGUGGUUCCAUCUGAAUCCGCACGCCGAAGAUGAUUACGAUGACUUCUGGCACAUUUUCCGCAUCACCGGCUUCUGUCUCAGCUUCCUAAACUCCUGCAUCAAUCCGGUCGCACUGUACUGCGUGUCGGGCGUGUUCCGGCAACACUUUCAUCGCUACCUGUGCUGCCGCCCCAUGACGGUACAGCGCCGGAUCGGUCUCUCGUCGGCUGGAAACGCUUGCGAGACAAGCUUCGUGUCAACGAUUCGCCGUUCGCAGCAUCACAGCAUCCGGAAGUCACUGUCGGUGCAGAGCGUUCACGGGAAGAGGUGAAAGUUUGUGCGUCUGGUCGUGACUGGCCGCGAUCGUACGGACAUACAGAAGCAGCAGUUUGAUCAGCUGCCGGAGGAGCCGCACAAGCGAAACGGCCAGAAGCAUCCGGAGGGAUUGGCAAUGUAAAAGCUGCAUAUAAUCAGACACAUAA